AUGUGCUAUGUGGGUAAAGCUACCAAGAUCUUCAUCUUCAUUGUCGCCGUCGCGGUGGUCGCCGGCCUCAUCCUGGCUUUCGGCCUCUUCCGCCGCGGCGCCUCCCACCAAUCCCGCCGCCAAUGCUCCCCUGAAGACGAAUCCUGCUACUCUCCCCCUGCCCCCGCCGCCGUCUUCGCCAAUCCCAAUCCGGCUACUCCCUCAUCCCCCGGUAGUAGUUCCAGCCCCAUCUCUGCCCAGCCCAGCCCUCCUACCCCUGAUUCCGGCAACCAGCCACCGCCAUUCUCUCCUCCCUCCGGCCAAUUGCAAACUCCAGUUCCUCCUCCUCCGCCGGAAGCAAGCGCAAACCCUCCUCCUUCCGAAUCGUCUUCCUCUCCCCCACCGCCAGCGCAGGAGACUGCGUCUCCGCCGCCGCCUCUGCAGCCGCUGCCCAUUUCUCCGCCGCCGCCUAAUGCUCCGGCUAUCACUGGAGCUCCGCCGCCAUCUUCGUUGAAUCCGCCGAGUGGGACGGUGUUAGUGGCUCCGGGUCCUGUGCAUGCUUAA